AUGCAAACCACCUCUUCAAUAGCUCCAGCUUCAGCAACUCGAGUGAAUCUAGGUCCGCUACCAACAGCCUUCAGUCCACCCAGUGACUGCACCUCGUUACGAUACAUCAAUAACAAUGUUGUUUUUAUGGGCGCGGCCAUAGGCUAUGGCUGUUACGAAGUUCAUACUUCAACUAUGCCAUGCAUCGCCGAGGACACCAGCAAGCGAGAUGGAGUAGCUCGGUGCACACUCGACAUACAUGGAAUGGAUGCUGGUGGUGGAUUUUGCCAGUCACUCCCAUCUUCCAGUCCAAAUGAAGCCUGUAUGGUUAUGACGAGUAUUAGCCAUCGUGAUUUUUCUCUUACUCAGUCAUGCUAUCCUCCCAAGUUCGCUUCGUUUCUUGCUCCAACGGACUAUGACAUUGGAAAGUGGGCUUCACAGCCCCCGAUAUACUCCCCCGGUCUUGCUUGCCCUUCCGGGUAUUCCCCUACGUGUACUAUAGAGCGCAUCGAAGGGGUUACGAACUCGGUGGCGACAGCCACAGCGACAAAUGCUGACAAUGUCAUCUGGAGCAUGCUGAACGACGGCGAAACCGCCAUAGGCUGCUGUCCAUCUAAUUACGCCUGCGAUCCAAACUCUCCGCAUCUUUGCAUCUCGACACCACAUUUGGGCGAUAUAAUUGCGUUAACAAACGAAGUAUCCUGUUCCAGCGGUGCAACGGCAUCUCAAAACCCCACCGCCCUAACAGCCGAAGCCAUAAGAAUACUUUUGGUCAGGUCGAGUGAUCCAACGUCGUCUCUCAGUAGUUCAUCGACCAACAACCCAUCACCGGGCAAAGCUCCUCAGAAUGGAGAAAAGAUCGCAAUUGGAGUAGCAGUUCCUUUGGCCGUUAUUCCAAUAGGCGCGGUGGUCUUCUACCUCCUAAGACGUAGGAGAAGACUACGGAAACAGGUAUCAGAUCAAGAAGGUUUAGCUGAAGGAGACAACUCAGGCUCAGGCCAGAAGGCGGAACUUCCAGGCAGUAUUUCUGGCGCCAUUUCUGGGCCAAAGGGCGUUGCCUAUCAGAAACCUGAGCUCGACAAUAUGGCUAUCACGAUUUUACCUGAGCUAGCUGGCGACCCGCCUUGCGAUACGAUACAGGAGCUACACGGUAAUAGUAUUACGGUAACGCCAACCGCUACUACUACAACAACGACGGUCUCCAAGCCUCAUGGCCCAGUUAGUGACAGCGCUAUUGGAGAAGAUGGCCAAAACAAUCCAAUUGGCGCUUUGUCUGGCGCGGAUCCUGGCAGUACCUCAGAAUUAGGGCUAUGGAAUUGGAAUAAUUCCGACACGCUGAGUGGAACUAAUGAAUCAUCCGAACAUCCAGCAGCCGAUGGGCAUCAUAGUAACUAG